UUCGACGAGGCCCUCCACCGAGAUUUAGCUCCUUUUAGGGCUCUCAACCCCCAGGUCAUAUUACUCCAAUAUGUGGACGACCUCCUAGUGGCAGCUCCCACAUAUGAAGGCUGCAAAAGAGGGACACAAAAGCUCUUGCAGGAACUGAGUAAGUUGGGGUACCGGGUAUCAGCUAAAAAGGCCCAGUUAUGCCAGAAAGAGGUCACCUAUUUGGGGUACCUGCUCAAAGGGGGAAAAAGAUGGCUGACCCCGGCCCGGAAAGCUACAGUUAUGAAGAUCCCUACUCCCACAACCCCCAGGCAGGUCCGCGAAUUUCUGGGUACUGCCGGAUUCUGCAGGCUCUGGAUUCCUGGGUUUGCUUCCCUGGCUGCACCCUUGUACCCCCUGACAAGGGAAAACAUUCCUUUUACCUGGACUGAGGAGCAUCAAAAGGCUUUUGACCACAUAAAAAAAGCCUUGCUGUCUGCCCCCGCCUUGGCUCUCCCAGACCUCACCAAAUCAUUUACUCUGUACGUAGAUGAAAGAGCCGGUGUAGCCCGAGGAGUGCUUACUCAGACCCUAGGACCAUGGCGACGGCCAGUAGCUUAUCUAUCAAAAAAACUGGAUCCAGUGGCCAGUGGGUGGCCAACCUGCCUAAGAGCGGUUGCUGCAGUGGCACUCCUCCUCAAAGACGCUGAUAAGUUAACCUUGGGGCAAAAUGUGACUGUGAUUGCUUCCCACAGCCUCGAAAGUAUUGUGCGGCAGCCCCCCAAUCGGUGGAUGACCAAUGCCAGAAUGACUCAUUACCAGAGUUUGCUGCUAAACGAAAGGAUAUCUUUCGCGCCCCCUGCUGUCCUGAACCCAGCUACCCUACUACCAGUCGAGUCAGAAUCCACCCCAGUACACCAAUGCUCAGAAAUCCUUGCUGAAGAAGCUGGGACUCGACGGGACCUGAAGGACCAGCCAUUGCCCGGAGUGCCUGCCUGGUAUACAGACGGUAGCAGCUUCAUUGUGGAAGGUAAGCGGAGAGCAGGGGCCGCCAUCGUAGAUGGCAAACGGACGGUAUGGGCAAGCAGCCUGCCAGAAGGGACAUCAGCCCAGAAGGCCGAGCUAAUCGCCUUGACGCAGGCAUUACGCCUAGCCGAAGGAAAAAACAUCAACAUCUACACGGACAGCAGGUCGCCAUUAUCCACUGCCCGGGCCACCAGAGAGGAAAUAACCCUGUGGCGGCCGGGAACCGGAGGGCCGACGAGGCUGCAAAACAAGCCGCCCUGUCGGUCAGGGUGCUAGCAGAAACUAUAAAGCUUCAAGAGCCAAUCGAGCCUGCUCAAGCUAGGACCAAGCCAAGAGAGCUCACUCCUGACCAGGGAAAAGAAUUCAUUUAGCGGUUACAUCAGCUAACACACUUAGGACCAGAAAAGCUCCUUCAACUAACGAGCCGCACCAGCCUCUCCAUCCCGAAUCUCCGGUCCACCGUUCAAGAAGUCGCCAAUCGGUGUCCGGCUUGUGCCAUGACUAAUGCGACUACCACCUACCGAGAGACCGGAAAAAGACAACGGGGAGAUCGACCCGGCGUAUACUGGGAAGUAGACUUUACAGAGGUAAAGCCUGGCCGGUAUGGGAACAGGUAUCUGCUAGUAUUUGUAGAUACUUUCUCUGGAUGGGUAGAAGCUUUCCCUACCAAAACUGAAACGGCCCUGACUGUAUGUAAAAAGAUACUAGAAGAAAUCCUGCCCCGUUUCGGGAUCCCUAAGGUGAUCGGGUCAGAUAAUGGCCCAGCCUUUGUUGCUCAGGUAAGCCAGGGACUGGCCACACAACUGGGAAUAAAUUGGAAAUUACAUUGUGCGUAUAGGCCCCAGAGCUCAGGUCAAGUAGAGAGAAUGAAUAGAACCAUCAAAGAGACCUUAACUAAAUUGGCCUUAGAGACCGGUGGAAAAGACUGGGUGGCCCUCCUUCCCUUAGCGCUGUUCAGAGCCAGGA